CUGAAUCACUGCCAACUAGUAUCAGUUGUGUGACAAGUGUUGUAUGAAACACUUGUUCCAAGUAGAGUUUUGGGCAGCGUGAAAAGAACUUAGAAUAUUUUUUAAAAAUAUAUAAAUCUGUUUGUCUUAAAUUCGUAUGUUUUUGAACCUGUGAAUUUAAAAUUAUUUUUAGUAUGUGAUUUAUUUACUAUUUUUGAAAGUGAAUUUUUGAUUUAGUGAAGUGAACUAUUUUUUAAAACAAAGUGUGCCUUAUUAAAAAAUUUUUGGUGAUAUUUAUUUAAAAUUAAGUCUCAAAAUGGUUACUGGAAUUGGAACAGUGAAUCAACCACAAUCCGCUGGUGUUAUAACAUCAACAUCAACAAUUGGAAAUCAAUCAGUGAUACAAGGAACACCAGCUGGAACAGUAGAAAGCAGUAUGCCGCCAAGACGAACUAAUGAUAAUCGAAGGAGUAACAAACCAAUCAUGGAAAAAAGAAGACGUGCAAGAAUUAAUAAUUGUUUGAACGAAUUGAAAACAUUAAUAUUAGACGCAAUGAAAAAAGACCCAGCCAGACAUUCCAAAUUAGAGAAAGCCGAUAUAUUAGAAAUGACUGUAAAACAUUUAGAAAAUUUACAACGUCAACAAGUAGCAAUGACCGCAGCAGCGGAUCCAUCUGUGAUUAAUAAAUUUCGUGCUGGUUUUAGUGAAUGUGCUAGUGAGGUUGGACGUUUCCCCGGUUUGGAACCAACAGUAAAAAGGCGUUUAUUACAACAUUUAGCGAAUUGUUUGCAAGUUGGUGUUGGAACAAUUCAAACAACAAAUAAUAAUAAUAAUAACACAACAAAUAAUAAUAAUAAUAUAAUAAUUAAUAAACAACAACAAUCUAUGGAGACAACAACACCAAUUUUAGCAACACAAGCUGUGACAACUCAACAGCAACCUACGACAAUAGCGCCCUCAGUCAUAACAACAGCACAGACAACAACCACACAAAGUGUACAAUUACAUAUUUUACCAACACAAAAUGAUCAAUUUAUACAUCAUAAUGGUAUCUUUUUUACAAAUGGUAAUGGAACAGGCGUACAACUUUUACCAACACGAUUACCAAAUGGUGAUAUUGCUCUAGUUCUUCCUACAAGUAUACAAACUACUACUGCCGCUGCUCCCACUAUGCAACAGCAACAACAACAACAACAGCAUCAUCAAACUGUUCCACAAAAACAGCAACAACCAACGCAAAACCAGCAACAACAGCAAAUUAUUUAUCAACGUACAACAUUAUCGCCUUCACAACAAAGUCAAAAUUGCCAUAGUAAUUCAACAUCACCUUUACCAAUGUUAAUACCAAUUCCAACACGUACUUCAUCCGCCUCAUCUGUGGCAUCUUCAUCGUCUGGCGUUAGUAGUAUGCCACCACAAACAAAUAGUAUUCCAUCACCUCAAUCCUCAAGUUCAUCCUCCCCCAACCAUUAUACAUCCCCAAAUAGCCCACAACAUUAUCAACAACAUCGUUACGAACCUAUGGAUACGACUCCAACAUCCCCACACCAUCAUCAAAGUGGUGUUAUUCAUCGUUAUUCACCACCAAUGUCCAAACCUUUAUCGCUGGUAAUUCGUAAAACUUCACAACCUGAAGAAGAAAAACCUUGGAGACCCUGGUGAACAAAUCAAUUUAUGAACAAUUAAUUUAGUGUUUGGGCUUCCGUGUGUACAUAGUAUUGUGUGUGCAAUUAGAUAUUAAAUCAAAUUAUUUUCUGUUCAAAAAGUUCCUAAAAAAUUUUUACUUAAAUAUGUGCAAAAAAAAAACUGUUCCAGAAAAUAUUUGAGUUUGUAAAUUUUUGUAAAUAAAAUAUGUUCAAACAGAUUAAAAAAAACAUUCUGCAAUUGUUAAACAGUGCCACCUUUUAAAAAAAUGAAUUUUUUU